UCAAAAUAGAAAAGAAGAAAGAAAAAACAAGCAAAGUGUAAAAAAUUAAACAAAAAGUAGUGUGUUUUGUGCAGAAAAAGAAAUUUAAAUUGUUUAUUAUUAAAAAAACAUAAAACAACAAGUAAAAUCUUAACUUAUUUAGUGAACAAAAGUGUUUUGUGUAGUUAUUAUCAUUCAUCAACAAAAUGGCCUCCACUGACUGUUUGCAACUUAACAAAACCAGCAUGUUUGCCAAAAUACGUGCUGGUCUGCCCAUGGAACGUUUGCAAACACAAAAUCUAUUGGAAUGUAAAGAUGAUUUAUUGUAUUGUUGGGAUUCCCAGGAGAAUUCUUUAUUAGUUUUGAACUGGCGUGCUGCAGUGGCUAAGGGUUUUGAGGAGGUUAAAUAUCAGACUCUAAUACCCUACAUACCCUUAAGUUUUGAAGUUGAACGUGUGCUGACAUCCAAUGAAGGUUCAUUGAUUGCCCUGGCAGGACCCCGGGGAGUAUGUGUAUUGGAAUUGCCUAGACGCUGGGGUGCCAAUGGCCAAUUUAUGGAGGGUAAAGCUAAAAUUACUUGUCGAGCCUCUAAUUUAGAUGGUCAUUUCUUUACAAAUAAUCCACAUUUGGAAUUAAGACAACUGCGCUGGCAUCCAGCCUCACCCACAGAUUCACAUUUGCUGGUGUUGUUAAGCGACAAUACUAUAAGGGUUUAUGAUAAUGCUUCCUUACGGCAUGUUUGGCAAGUGGGUCCUAUACCUUUAAAAACCGAUGGUAAUCCUAACUCCUCAACGGUUUAUGCUUUAGGCGAGGCAGCAGUAGAUUUUGAUAUUGCACCUGCUGUUAAUGUGGCCGAAAUGCAAACAACUAACAUGAAUAACACUUUAAGCAGUAAUGCCACCUUAAGGGAACAGAAAAGUCUAAUGAAUAGCACACGUUUAAGUCAGGUUAGCAAUAGAACGGUGACAGCAACAGCCACCAGCAAUGAGACUAUUAAGAAUCCUUCUGCCAAAGCUGAAAAAAUUGAAUGGCCCAUUGUUAUAUUGCGUGAAAAUGGCAAUAUUUAUGUGCUAAUGUCGGGUUUGGAUACGGACAGACCCCGUUUACAAGGCCCUUUAACUAUCACCCCCUCUACUGUGGAUAAUUAUGGUGUAGAUUCUUGUUCCAUAUUGGUCAUACCUUCAUUGCCUCCUACUUUAGUUAUAGCAGAAACUAAUGGCAAGUUACAUCAUGCUUUGUUUAUGGAGGCAGAAAAUGCUGAAGAUUCCUUUAAUGAAGUCGAUGAAAACUUAAUAAUACAUCCCUCCGAAUGGACGGUACAUGUUUUGGAAACUGUUGAAUUGGAAUUGGGUUUACCCAAGGAGGAAUUACAUCAACCCUACUAUUGUCCCAUACAUUUGAAAAGAGACUUUAUCAAUGAGUUGCGUUACUUUGCUUAUCACAAUACUGGUCUGCAUGUCAUUACCGUCAAUUUUAUUGCAGAAUUACAAAGAUAUUUGGAAAAUGAAGUCAAUUCCGAUAUCAAUACUCUCUCCACUCCCUCCCACGCUGAGUAUAUUGUCUGUACUAAGAUCGACACCAGUGAGAAUGUAAAUGCUGUCCUAGGAUUUGUACUCAUGCAAAUGCCCUCCUGUGCCGUACUACUCCUAAGCAGUGGCCAAGUUAUUAGCUUAAAACUAGUCAUAGAUCCCAAAUUAUUAACAGAUCCUCUAACAAACGUCAAAGAUGAGUUAACCCUAAACAAAAAUGAUGACUUACAACAAACCCAAUUAAAUCAAAUAUUGGGUCCUUCUUUCGUAGAUCAUGUUAAGAACAUAUUAAAACGUACAGUAACACAACCCAUUUUGUCGCUGGAUAAAUCGGCCAAUCCUACUCCCCAAGAGUGUUAUGAGUUAAUGACACAAGCUGUAGAGGUUUUGAGAACACAGUAUUUGAAACGUCAUGAAUUGGUAAGAGCUGAAUUUGCACGACGUAUUCAUACCAUAAAAUUGUGUAAGGAACAGCAAAAACAGGAUAUAGAAGAUUUGGAGCGCGAGCGUGAAAUUAUUAGGGAUAAGGCUCAUAAGUUGGCGGAAAGAUUUGAGGAGAUCAGUGAUCAACAGGAGGUGUUGACAAAGCGUUGCCAAGAUCUUAUGCGCCAGGCCAAUACCUGUUUGCCCAGCAAUACUUUGGCUGAAAAAGAAUUUGCCCAGGAGGUGGAAAGAAUUAAUAAAUUAACCAAAAAUAUGGUCAACGCUUUGCAAAAAUCCAAAGAAGCCAUUAAUAAACAGCUAUAUCAUAUUUCUAAGUAUCAGGAGAAUUCCAAAAAGAAAACCUUUGAAUUGCCUGAAACACAGGAACGCACCAUCAAGGAAAUUAUAUUGCAAAUGACCGCCGAAAUUGAUGGUCAAAUAAAGGAAGUAAAACGUAUAAAUAAAAUAGUAGGUAUUUAAAU